CAUCACUUCCGUCCCCAGCCCCCGGAGCUGGCGGCGAGGCGCUGGGGCUGCGGCUGCACCGGGGGCCGCGAUGGGGCUGUGACAGCGGCGGGGCCGGCCGAGGGGGGCAGCGCUCAGCACCCGGGGCCGCCUCCCCCACGCCCCGUCGGGCACCCGGAGCUGCAAGGACGGAGCGCGGGGGGGCUGCUCGCAGAGGGUCUCCCAUGGGCCUGACUAGCCGGACGUGGAUGCCAUGGAGCUGUGUGCAAAAAAACACCCCCCAGAGGAAGAAAGGCGGGUGAAGGCCAACGCCCGAGAGUACAACGAGAAGUUCCAGUAUGCGAGUAACUGUAUCCAGACCUCCAAGUACAAUAUCAUCACCUUCCUGCCCGUCAACCUCUUCGAGCAGUUCCAGGAAGUGGCCAACACCUAUUUCCUCUUUCUCCUCAUCCUGCAGCUGAUUCCCCAGAUCUCCUCGCUCUCCUGGUUCACCACCAUCGUGCCUUUGGUUCUCGUCUUAACCAUCACAGCUGUCAAAGAUGCCACUGACGACUACUUCCGCCACAAGAGCGACAACCAGGUGAACAAUCGCCAAUCUCAGGUGCUGAUCAACGGAACCCUCCAGCAGGAGCAGUGGAUGAAUGUGUGCGUCGGAGACAUCAUCAAGCUGGAGAACAACCAGUUUGUGGCGGCUGACCUCCUGCUCCUCUCCAGCAGCGAGCCCCAUGGACUGUGCUACAUAGAGACGGCCGAGCUCGACGGAGAGACCAACAUGAAAGUGCGCCAGGCCAUUCCUGUCACCUCGGAGCUGGGGGACAUCCGCAAGCUGGCCCAGUUUGAUGGUGAGGUGAUCUGCGAGCCCCCCAACAACAAACUGGACAAGUUCAGCGGGACCCUGUACUGGAAGGAGAACAAAUACCCGCUGAGCAACCAGCACAUGCUGCUGCGAGGCUGCGUGCUGCGUAACACCGAGUGGUGCUUCGGCCUCGUCGUCUUCGCAGGUCCUGACACCAAGCUGAUGCAGAACAGCGGGCGGACCAAGUUCAAGAGGACAAGCAUCGACCGGCUGAUGAACACGCUGGUGCUCUGGAUCUUCGGGUUCCUGGUGUGCAUGGGGGUAAUCCUGGCCAUCGGCAAUGCCAUCUGGGAACACGAGGUGGGAGCCUGCUUCCAGAUCUACCUGCCCUGGGACGAGGCGGUGGACAGUGCCUUCUUCUCCGGCUUCCUCUCCUUCUGGUCCUACAUCAUCAUCCUCAACACCGUGGUGCCCAUCUCACUCUACGUCAGCGUGGAAGUGAUCCGCCUUGGCCACAGCUACUUCAUCAACUGGGACAAGAAGAUGUACUGCGCGCAGCGCCAGACGCCGGCCGAGGCCCGCACCACCACGCUCAACGAGGAGCUGGGCCAGGUGGAGUACAUCUUCUCCGACAAGACCGGCACCCUCACCCAGAACAUCAUGAUCUUCAGCAAGUGCUCCAUCAACGGGCGCAGCUACGGUGACAUGCUGGAUGUGCUGGGGCACAAGGCGGAGCUGGGGGAGAGGAGGGAGCCGGUCGACUUCUCCUUCAACCCGCUGGCCGACCCGCGGUUCCGGUUCUGGGACGCCAGCCUGCUGCAGGCCGUCCAGCUCGGCAACCCCCACGUGCACGAGUUCUUCCGGUUGCUCUCGCUCUGCCACACCGUCAUGUCCGAGGAGAAGAGCGAAGGUGAGCUGUACUACAAGGCGCAGUCCCCGGACGAGGGGGCGCUGGUCACGGCCGCCAGGAACUUCAGCUUCGUCUUCCGCUCGCGUACGCCCAAGACCAUCACGGUGCAGGAGCUGGGCCGGGCCGUCACCUACCAGCUGCUGGCCAUCCUGGACUUCAACAACGUCCGCAAGCGCAUGUCCGUCAUCGUGCGGAGCCCCGAGGGCCGGAUCCGUCUGUACUGCAAAGGGGCUGACACCAUCCUCCUGGAGAGGCUGCACCCAGCCCACCACGAGCUGCUGAACGUAACCACCGACCAUCUGAAUGAGUACGCCGGCGAGGGGCUGCGGACACUGGUGCUGGCCUACAAGGACCUGGAGGACGGCUACUACAAGGACUGGGCCGAGCAGCUGCUGCGAGCCGGCACUGCCCCUGACGGCCGCGAGGACCGGCUGGCCCGGCUGUACGAGGAGGUGGAGCGGGACAUGACGCUGCUGGGGGCUACCGCCAUUGAGGACAAACUGCAGCAGGGAGUCCCCGAAACCAUUGCCAUCCUAACGCUGGCCAACAUCAAGAUCUGGGUGCUGACCGGGGACAAGCAAGAGACGGCCGUGAACAUUGGCUACUCCUGCAAGAUGCUGACGGAUGACAUGACCGAGGUGUUCAUCGUGACAGGCCACACGGUGCUGGAGGUGCGGGAGGAGCUCAGGAAAGCCCGGGAGAAGAUGAUGGACUCGUCGCGCUCCAUGGGCAAUGGCUUCUCCUGCCAGGAGAAACUCUCCUCUUCCUCGUCUGCUUCCCGGCUCGCCUCAGUGCUGGAGGCCAUUGCGGGCGAGUACGCCCUGGUCAUCAAUGGCCACAGCCUGGCCCACGCGUUGGAGGCCGACAUGGAGCUGGAGUUCCUGGAGACAGCCUGUGCCUGCAAGGCCGUGAUCUGCUGCCGCGUCACCCCGCUGCAGAAGGCCCAGGUGGUGGAGCUGGUGAAGAAGUACAAGAAGGCCGUGACGCUGGCCAUCGGGGACGGCGCCAACGACGUCAGCAUGAUCAAGACUGCCCACAUUGGCGUGGGCAUCAGCGGGCAGGAGGGCAUCCAGGCCGUGCUGGCCUCCGACUAUUCCUUCUCCCAGUUCAAGUUCCUGCAGCGCCUCCUGCUGGUGCACGGCCGCUGGUCCUACCUGCGCAUGUGCAAGUUCCUCUGCUACUUCUUCUACAAGAACUUCGCCUUCACCAUGGUCCAUUUCUGGUUCGGGUUCUUCUGCGGCUUCUCGGCCCAGACGGUCUAUGACCAGUACUUCAUCACCCUGUACAACAUUGUCUACACCUCGCUGCCCGUGCUCGCAAUGGGGGUGUUCGACCAGGACGUGACGGAGCAGCGCAGCAUGGAGUACCCCAAGCUCUACGAGCCGGGCCAGCUCAACCUGCUCUUCAACAAGCGGGAGUUCUUCAUCUGCAUCGCCCAGGGCAUCUACACCUCCGUCCUCAUGUUCUUCAUCCCCUACGGCGUCUUCGCCGACGCUACCCGCGACGACGGUGCCCAGCUGGCCGACUACCAGUCCUUCGCUGUCACCGUGGCAACCUCCCUGGUGAUCGUGGUCAGCGUGCAGAUUGGGCUGGACACGGGGUUCUGGACGGCCAUCAACCACUUCUUCAUCUGGGGCAGCCUGGCUGUGUACUUCGCCAUCCUCUUCGCCAUGCACAGCGACGGCCUCUUCCAGAUGUUCCCCAACCAGUUCCGCUUCGUGGGUAAUGCCCAGAACACGCUGGCCCAGCCCACGGUCUGGCUCACCAUCACCCUCACCACCGUGGUCUGCAUAAUGCCAGUCGUGGCCUUCCGAUUCCUCAAGCUGGACCUGAAGCCUGAGCUGUCGGACACGGUGCGCUACACCCAGCUGGUGCGGAAGAAGCAACGGACACAGCACCGCUGCAUGCGGCGGGUGGGGCGUGCCGGCUCGCGGCGCUCCGGCUACGCCUUCUCCCACCAGGAGGGCUUCGGCGAGCUCAUCAUGUCGGGCAAGAACAUGCCGCUCAGCUCCCUGGCGCUCUCCAGCUUCACCGCCCGCUCCAGCUCCAGCUGGAUCGAGACCCUCCGCAAGAAGAAGGGCGGGGACAGCACCGCCAGCAGCCCCAGCGGGGGGGCCGACAAGCCGCUCAAGGGGUGAGGCUGGGGGGCUCCGAUUCUUACCCCCGCCGGGGGCUGGGCGGCCCGUCAGCGCCCCCGGCUGUUCCCACCGCGGACCGUGGCUGGCUGCUGUGGGUGCUGCUCGCUUGGGAGACCCCCCCCCAUGGCAAGGGGGAGGAGCGCCCCGGGAGGCUCUCCAGGUGCUGAGGUUUGGAGGCGGAAUCUGGACCACAACCAACCGUGUAACCAAAAAUCCCCCCACCCAGAGGGACAGGCGGCUCCCCCAUCCGGAGCCCAGAGCCUGCAGUGUCUUUAAUCGGGACCUCCACCCAGCCGGAGCGGACAGCUACCCUGAGUCACGCGCGAAUGUAACGUGCUGGAGACACGGGGAGGGCCAGGCCUGGCAGGGGGCAGCUGGGCCUGGCAGCGCGUGCCCCCCCUCCGCCACACGUGUCUUUUUUAUAGAUAUAAAAUGAGAAAAACAGCAACCAACGGAGCCCCCACGUUUACGAAGUGACUCUUCUCUGUCCCCGCUGGCACUGGCUGCUCCUGGGGAGGAGCUGGCUGAGCAGAGACGGGCACAGACGUGCUCCCCACGCGAGCCGUGACACUUCCAGGGCUGCGUGGGCGCCCCAGGAGGGCGGGCUAUGGCCUUGGCCUUCUCCUGCAGCAGGGCAGGGGUGGGGUGGGGAGAGGGAUGCCCAGGCAUGGAGGAGUUAUGGGUCCUGCCCUCCCUGGGGCAGGGCAAAUGCUGUAGCAAGGCUGGGCCCUCUCCUCUGCCCGGCUGGUUUCUACACAUGGUGAAACCCUACGUGGCUGGGCGGAGACCCGACCCCCUGGGUGCUGCGCCCAGUCAGUGCCCACCCCGGGGCUGGAGGGUUGUGGCACCUGGAGCCGAGGCCAGAGCCGGGGAGGAAACCGGGCCCUAGGGAGCUGUUACAGACCAGAGCAAAACCGCGGUGGAAAGGGCCAGGAAACACCCAGCGUCUGACCUGAGCCGGGCUCUGGGGGUUCCUGGCUGCAGGGGCAGCCCUAAGGUACUCCCAGCUUGGGGGUGGGGGGCGCAGCCGCAGGGCUUUUGGCUGCUAGUUCACCCCCCCUACCCCGACAGCUGGUGGAGCUUGGCUCUGGCCUCGUGCAACCUCUGCCCAGGUCCUGGGACCAGCCCAGCUGAUGGAUUUGAAAGGGGAACCAGCCCCCCCCCCCCCAACUCCUUUCUUUUCUGCGUGCCAGAGGCUUAGGCAAGGGGCUGGGUCCUGGGGUCAGCAUUGUUGACGGGCUGAUUGUGAUUCAUUCCCCGCAACAGGGAGCCUUUCACAAUCGUCUGGGUGUUUUGGGCUCUGUUUCCCUUCCCCUCUGUGCUGGGAAUGGGCAGGGUCCCGGGGGGUGGGUCUCCUGAGCCACCUUCCUUGGGGCUCCCCAGCCCCUCCACCUCCCAUCCACGCUCCCCUGGGGAAGCGUCCAGCCUGCUGGCUGCUCCCUCGUGCCGCGCUGGCAGGUGCAUGGCCCUUCUCUUGCACACGUAUUCGUAGCUCAUCUCUGCACGCUUCUUGUGAUGCAUUCCUCAUGUCCUUUGCACGGCCCCUACCCACCGGUACUACCCCCGGCACGCCUGGUACGCACACUGCCCGCGCCCGGCUCACUGCGGUCAGUACCCCCAGCUGCUCUGGAUCCCUCGGAGGUUGAGUUGCUUGAGGCUGCAGGAUGUAGCAGACCCGGGGCUGUGGGCAGGCUGGGAAAGGUCCCAGGGCCCCCAGUGUGGGGAUCAGCUCAGGUGUCAGCCCCCAGCGAGGUGGGAUCCAGCUGGAGGCAGAGGGGUUCUCCCGUACUGCUCCUGGACACCCCCUGGGGAGGGUCAGUCGGGGGGGGGGGGGGGAGGCACAAUGGGCCCAGGCCAGUCUUGUGCAGGGCAUGCCUCCUGAUCCACCCCUCUUCCCUCCCCUUGAUCCAUGUCUGUCCAGGGUGCCAAAUAAGAUGGGUGUGGGGGGAGGGAGGACCCAGUGUUCACUCCCCCCCGUCCCAUUCUGCCUUUGAAUGGGAGGGGCUUUACCAGCCAGGGGCAGGUUCGGGUGGGUGCUGUCACAGUUUCAGCCAUUCUCUCCCCACCCGCAGCCGCUGGGGUUGACUACAGAGCUCGACCCACUUGACGAAGGAACAGUGUGCUUGGAGCGGGGGAGUGGGGUCUGGGACCCAGGACGACUGGGUUCUAUUCCCAGUUGUGACACUGACACCCUGUGACUGGCUCUGUGCCUCAGUUUCCCCACCCCCCACCUCCCGUGAAGUGCUAGAGUCUCCUGGGGGGCUGGGUUCUGGAAGGUCGAGGCAGCUUCGGGCAUUGCUGUGGUUGUGUUAAGCCCUUCUGGGAAGGGGCGAGGGCUGGCGAGGCCUGGCUGGGGGAGGGCGUGGCCCCCCGUGUCUGACUUUUAUACCAAAGAGGAACUGUCUGUUUGGGAGCUGGCUGGGUGCGCGUGUGCUAGAGUAUCUAUUUUUGGUUUUUUCUGUUUGUUUGGUGGGGGGAGGUGGCGUGGGCCGGGCCGAGGAGCAGUCGGUAUAAUUUAUUACACAUUUCUAUACUUGCAGAAUUGUAUCAUUUUAUGGGUAUAAAGAGAGAAAAAAAAAUAGCCUUUUAUAAAAACGUCUCUUUCUGA